AUGAAGUUCUCCCCCUUCCUCCUCUCCUCCUCCGUCCUCGCCGCCACCCAAAUCGCAGACGGCAACGACGCCCAAAUCGAAUCCUACCCCUACCAAGUCGGAAUCGAACUCUCGGGCAAAUUCUACUGCGGCGGCACCAUCCUCAGCAACAAAUACAUCGUCUCCGCCGGCCACUGUACCCUGCUCCCAAAUGUAACCGAGCCGCUCACAAAACUGCGGAUUCGAGCCGGCACCGCGACCCGCGAGUCCGGCGGCCAACUGGUCAACGUAUCCGACUACCAGGCUCAUCCGGAGUUCAAAAUGGGUCUUGCCGAUGCAGACAGUGACGUCUCGGUCUUUGAAUUGGCGCAGCCGCUUGAGUUCAGUGAUACUGUUGCUCCUAUUGACUCUCUUGCGUUUGCCGACGAUGGGUUCCCGAGGGAGGGAAGACCAUGCCAGGUUACGGGCUGGGGUAGUAAGACACCUACUGGGCCGUUCUCUACUACGCUCCAGGUUGUCGAGCUGCCUGUUGCCGACCGGGGGGGAUGUGUACAGAAAUAUGACGAGCUCGGGACUGGUCAAGAGGUUGGCGAGCGGAUGUUUUGCGCGGGUGAUUUCGAGGAGGAAAGCCCCAUCUGCCAGGGAGACAGUGGGGGUGCGCUUGUUAGUGACGGCCAGAUGCUUGGGAUUGUCUCCUGGGGUAAAGGGUGUCGUGCGAAAGGGUAUCCGGCUGUUUUUACGAGCAUCUCGAAGGUUCGGGACUUUAUUGCCGAUGUUACUGGUAUCUAG